AUGGCUCUUGUCAAAGUUCUGAAAAAUAAAGCUUACUUCAAACGCUUUCAAGUGAAGCUGAAGCGUCGCCGGCAGGGAAAGACUGAUUACCAGGCGAGGAAGAAGCUUACUGUCCAAGACAAGAAUAAGUAUGGUGCACCUAAAUAUCGCCUCAUUGUGCGUUUCACCAAUAAGGAUGUGAUUGCUCAGAUCGCUUACUCGAGAAUCGCAGGCGAUGUGAUCGUUGCUUCUGCCUACUCCCAUGAGCUCCCAGCUUUUGGCAUAAAGGUUGGUCUAACUAACUACGCUGCAGCUUACGCCACUGGGCUCCUACUAGCGAGUCGUCAUCUGAAGAGUCUGAAAUUAGACAAUACCUUUAAGGGAGGAAAAGAUAGCGAAACACAGUCACACAAUGUUGAACAGCAGGACAAAUGCCGCCUCAAAGUAGUGUUGGAUAUUGGCUUGGCUCGUGCCACAGUUGGUUGCAAAGCUUUUGCAGUAAUGAAGGGAGCCGUUGAUGGUGGAAUGAACAUUCCUCAUGGGGAGAGUAAGUUUUUCGGAUACGAUGAUGAAUCGCAUAAAUACGAUGCGAAAGCUCACCGUGAUCGUAUCUUUGGAAAACACGUUGCCGCUUACAUGCGGCUACUGAAAGAGGAGGAUGAAUCAGCCUACAAGAAGCAGUUCUCACGCUUCAUAUACCACGGUAUCGAUGCGGACAAUUUGGAGGAGAUGUACAAGAAAGCACAUGCUGCAAUUCGUGCGAAUCCUGAUAGGCAGACGUGCUCCCUCACGAAUAAAAUGGAAAGGAAGAGUGGGCAACAGGAAUAA